GCAUGAUGUGAAAUGAACCGAAUCCUGGUCUGAAACCUCCACAACGGCCCUUCUCGCCCUGCCAGGCUGCAGAAUGACGCCCACGUUUCACUCCAGUUCAUCCCAGCCUCCCACGGGACAGGAGAGAGAAAUGGCUGCAGAGGAGCCAGUGCAGGGGCCGGUGACCUUCGAGGAGGUGGCGGUGUAUGUCACCAGGGAAGAGGGGGCUCUGCUGGACCCCGCUCAGAGAGCCCUCUACAGAGACGUCAUGCAGGAGACCUAUGAGAAUGUGACCUCGCUGGGUAAGGGUUCCUGUCCCCUCGGUUCUUGGAGGGGGAAAUGAAGAGAUGAGGUUC